UCCUUGUCCGACGUCGUCGCUGCUCUGAACGCAACCUUCGCCCAUAGCGAUGCGCCACAACCUCUCCCCGAUGACUUGACACGCAUUCUCACCCAGUACCUUGCCAAAGCGAAGAAGGAAGGAGAUGGUCUGCACGACGAACUGCGAUCCGUCUUUCGCCAUCAUGUCGAAGCCCACCCGAACAAGCUGCCAGCCUUCGUCUCUGUCCUCAAAGUCCUGCGCCCUGCCAUAGUCACCGAGGACCACCUUGCUGCCUGGUUCCAGAACGCUGCCAUACCUUUUGUCGAUCUACCCGCUACCAGUCGCUGGGCCAUGUCAGACGCCCAGGACUUUGUGCUCGAUUCGCUUUGCUACGACAACGACAGCCAAGAUGCUCGCGACAAGGCCCAAACUGCUGUCCAUCUUAGUCACAUCCUCCUCGGUGCCCUAAUCGCCCGUACAACCCCUCAUCCCGACAAUUCCUCUGUUCAGACAAAGGACCACGCCGCGCGUCAGCUCCAAUCUAUGUUGAUAGCUUUUGCUCGUAAAAAUCCACGCGACUUCUUCGUCUCGGUCGACCACUUCCUUCUGAAGCCUGACACACGUCUACGAGCUCUCGACCUCCUUGCUGCCUUUCUCGAACAACAACAUGCCCAUUUGCACUUGGUCCUCGACACGACUGUAGUCGAGCAUCUUCUAAAAUGUCUCAUGAACGACACGGCUACCGUCGUGGUCUCGGCUGCUCUCAAAUGUCUCAUUAUGUUGCUCCCACACAUCCCCGCUACCGUGGCUUCUCAGCUUCCGAGGUUGUUCUUGGUUUACAGUCGCUGUCUCUGCUGGGAAAAGUUCAGUGCCUCAAGUACGAAAGCUCAGCGCGAUCUUGUUACCGACGAUCGCGUCCGCCGUGCUUCUGAUUCUGAUGCUGAUACUGACCAUGAGGACGACUCUGACCCCACUUGGCAAACUCUGCGCGCUCUGCCAGAUAUGCCUGAGUCUUCGGCUCCCGAGCUCUUGCAUUAUUUUACCUACCUCUACGGAUUGUACCCUCUCAAUUUCAUGAGUUAUGUCAGAAAGCCCCGAAAAUAUCUCAAGAACAUUGAUUUUCCUGGUGCUGACGAAUUUGAUCUGGAUCAAACUGUAAUCAGAAGCCGCACUGAACAGUUCCAGCGUGUCCACUUCCUUCAUCCAAGCUUUUUCUUGACCACGGUUGAAGAGGAGCUUAGUGAGAAUCGUUGGCUCAAGGCGGAACCAUCAGAGGUCAUCGCAGAGUGUCAUGGGCUUUACGCCGGCGAGCACCCCAUGUUCAAGAACCCUGUUCCUCCUCCAACUACAAAGCUUCCAGCAGUUCCAAACUUCUUGGGCUCCAGCUCGGAACCUCCACACCUGGACAGCCCAACCUUGCCUCGCCAUCCUCCAGAGAGUCUCGUGGAACCUGCAGCUGAUUCAGCAUCUUCGAAGGAUCUCUCGUAUCUGCAGCGUGAGCUGAUGUUACUACGUAAUGAACUCACCUUCGAGCGUUAUCUCAAGCAACAGCACGUGGCUGCUAUUGGCCAGCUUAAACGCAACCACAUCAAAGCUGUGACCGUCGAGGCCGAAACAGCCACCCUCAUCAAUGCCAAUCGUGCUUUGCAGAAAAAGCUAAGCGACUCGAACAAAUUCAAUGAAAAGAUGCAAAAGGAAACCCAGGCUCGUAGGACCCACACCAAGCAGAGUGAAGAGCAACUCAUGGCCAAGAUUCGUGCUCUCAAGUCAGAGCUUGCAGAUCAGGAGAACCUACAGUUGCGCCUCACUCAAGCCUCUAAAGACUGCGAUCAACUUCGUCUGCUUCUUGUUGAAAGCGAAUCACGGGAAUCUGAUAAGCAGGAGGAACUCGAAACUCUCCAGGCGCGUCUGAAAGAUCAAGAAACAGCGGAUCAGCAAUAUUCGGAGUUGCAAAAGGAGCUUCAGACUUAUCGUGAUCAAAAUCUUGCACUCGAAUCACUUCGUGCAGAGCAUGAGCUAGCUCAACAAGAGCUCGAAAGCACAAAAUUCAUAUUGCAGCGUCGUGAGCAAGAGCUCGAAAGACUGAGAACUGCUCAUGACGCAAAGGUUCAAGAGCUCGACCUACGACUCAAAGAAGCCACGGAGAACUCUGCAUCUGCAGAACAACCCAUUCACGCGUUCCCUGUGCAUCUGCACGAUCAACUCUCGGAAAGUCGCCUGCGGCUUGCCCAAACUAAAGCAGCUUACAGUCAAUUGCUGGAGGAAUACACAAAUCUACGCGAGUCCAGAGGUAGCGCGGACGGAGCUCAUUCUCUACCUGUUCAUCCUGAUGACGCCAGCUAUAUGACCCAAGAAGGCAGUGUUAGCGGUCACGGUAUUCCCGGCUCACGUCGGGGAUACUACACUGAUCGUAGUGUGGACCAAUUCGAGCUGUUCGCUCCGCACACGGACUUUGGGCGGACUGCCUCGCCCGUGUCUUCACUGAACCAAAGCUAUCCCCCAGCACGUCCCUUGCGCCCCGAGGCGUAUCAACAAAGGAUUCAAAACUCCCACCCAAUGUCUCGAGCGCAAGGCAAUCAUCACGGCGAGCAUGCUCUUCACCCUUCAGUCGCCCAUGGUGCGGCUCGGUCAACGUUUGGAUCUGAUCAGAGCUCACCACCUCCUUCAUCUUUGGGACAAGAAGCCAACAGGAGCGUGUUCAGUUUUACCUCGGACGCAUCGGGAGAACCUGUAAAAGAAGGCGGCAAGCCGAAACCAGAGGUUCGCGUGUAUGGACGUGGUAAGUCUCGACUUUUUCUCUGA